UUUUGUUUAUUCUAUUUAUAUCCCGCCUAUCUGGCCAAUUACGACCACUCUAGGCGGCUUUUGCAUUUAUGGAGUAACUUUUGCAAAAUAACGUUGAGGAUCGUUUUUCAGGGGAAACGCGCCACCAAAGUAAUUUGCAAGCGAGGAAACGCCGCUGGAACGAUGUCCCGUUUCUUCUGAGCUGCAUCUCCAAGCGGUCAAGAGGUUAUCCUCCUCCGCAGAGGAUCCAGUGAGCCAGGGCUGUGGGAAGUCGCUUGGAUCGCCCUACCGACAACCUUCUCUGGACCUUUCCUGCUCCCGCCCAGCCUGAGUGGAGGAGAUGCCUGGCUGAACUUCAGUGGGGUGCCAGGUGGCAGCAGGUGGCAUUUGCUCCUAGGGUCUAUGGCCGAGGUUGGCCAAGGGGCUCAAGAUCUUCCGGGCCCUUCCAUCGUGUAUGACUUUGCCCCAUGUCCGCUUGUUGCCCCAACUGAUGCCUUCAUGCUGAAGUGUUGAGGUGGGCAAGUGGCAGGAUUCGCGAGGAAGGGACUAUGGGCAACGGGAUGUGUUCCCGAAAACAGAAACGGAUCCUCCAGUCCUUGUUGCUCCUCACUGUGGUCUUUGGCUUCAUCUACGGGGCGAUGCUCUAUUACGAGUUGCAGAACCAGCUCAAGAAGGCGGAGGCUGUGGCCCUCAAAUACCAACAACACCAAGAGUCGCUUUCGGCACAGUUACAAGUUGUAUAUGAACAUCGGUCAAGAUUAGAGAAAUCGUUACAGAAAGAAAGACUUGAACAUAAAAAAGCAAAAGAAGAUUUUCUUGUUUAUAAACUAGAAGCACAAGAAACACUAAAUAAAGGAAGGCAAGAUUCCAAUAGCAGAUACAGCGCUCUGAACGUUCAACACCAGAUGCUGAAGAGCCAAAAUGAAGAACUAAAGAAGCAGCACUUGGACCUGCAGGAAGAGCACAGGAGACAAGGAGAGGAUUUCAACCAUGUGGUCAGUGAGCACAAGCAGAGAUACAUGGAGCUCCAGCAAGAAAAAGAGCAGGAACUGUCAAAGCUGAAGGAGUCCCUGUAUAAUCUGCGAGAAGAGAACAGGCAGUUGAGGAAAGCUCAUCAAGAUAUUCAUACCCAGCUGCAAGACGUGAAGUUACAGCAUAAGAAUUUACUCUCCCAACAUGACCAGCUUGUAGUGACAUUGGAAGAACGCAAGAGUGCGCUAGAAGCUGCACAGUCCCAGGUGGAGGAAUACAGACAGUUGAAGGACACCCUCAAAAAGAUGCCUAGUUUCCAGAGGCUGGAAAAUGCUGACCAGUCACAUGUUCUGCCAGUGACACCGAUGCCUUCUCCUUUAAGUGACUCCAAAACACCUGGCACAGAUAGAGCUGAAGAGCAAAAGAAGCUUACAUUAAAUGCUGAGCAGCCAGUAGGUGGAGAAGAAGCCCACAGAGGAAUGGAAGAAAAAGAAGAGAGAGCGGAACCGUUUCAUCCUGGCAGAAAAGAGAUUGAAGGUCAUGCACCCCGGGAGUUAAAUAUUCAGGAGAAGCAAGAAGCGGGAGACGAGGAGGAGGAGCACAUGGAACAGGUUGCGGAGGAGCACAAAAAAGAGCUGGAAGAGGAGGAAAUGGAGCAAGCGGGACAACCUGAACACUUAACUGAGGAUCUGGAUCAGGCUCCAGAGGAGCAGGAGUGGAAGGUGAAAGAGCAAGCUGAAGAAGAAACCAAUGCCCUGGUGGAACACAAUCAUUCAGAGGAACCGUCAACAGUGAAGACUGGAACAAGGCACAAGUCCGCCUAUGAAGAGCAGCUGGAGCAGCAGAGGCUGGCUGCCCGAAGAGCAGAAGAAGCCAAUCGCCUCCGAGAACAUCAGGAGUCUUUGCAUCAGGGGAGGCUGCAGGAGCACUUGCUACGACAGCAGCAGCUUCAGGAAAGAGAGCUGGCGCUACGGAGGCAGGCCGAGCAAGACGAAGAGCAAUUUAAACACCGCCUAAGCCAUCAGUCCCAUUACGAUAACCUGGAUCAGGAUAUUGUUCAAGGAGAAGAACAAGGUGCUCCGGAGGAAGAUGAAGAUAAUUAUGAGCGGCAGAACCAGCAUCCAGAUGAAAGAGAGGAAGAAGACCAUAACAAUGCAAAUGAGCAACAGGAUCAUGAUCUUGACCAUCAGGCAGUGAACGAGCAGAAUGAGGAACCGAAGGAAGCUGGGGAUGAUGUCAAUCCAGCCGAUGAUCCCAACAAUCAGGGAGAAGAUGAAUUCGAAGAAGCAGAACAAGAGAGAGAAGAGAAUUUACCUGAUGAAAAUCAGCAGCUAAAACCAAAUAACGCAAAGCAAGAGAAUCCUGACAUGGAUGAGCACUUAGUGAUGGUAGGCAACCCUGAUCAGCAAGAAGACACUGUUGAUGAGCAGUACCAGGAAGAGGGAGAAGAGGAGGCCCAGGGAGAUUUGACUGAGGAGAAGAAGCAGGAGCUGGAACACAAUGGAGAAGAGCCAUAUGGUGAAAACGAUGAAAACGCUGAAGAGAAAAUCAGUGAAGGUGCUGAUCAAGACCAAGAAAUCCAAGAAGAAAACCAUCAGAAAGAAGGUCAUGAUGAAAAUUAUGAAGAGGAGGAAGAAGAGGAGGAGGAAGCUGGUGCUGGGGCAGCAAAAGCCCAUAGACGUGGGGAAAUGUGAUUCUUGGGCUACUUGUCACCUCUAUGGAAACAUAAAUUGUAUAGAUGCUCUAGAAGGACACAGGGAACCUUUAAAAAUGAAUUUAUAUAUUUUUAAAAUUUUUUCUAUUGGUUAUUCUUAUGCAUUUAUAUGAAUACAGUAUUUUACCCUAGCCUUCCUUUUAUAGAAGAUUUAUGUGACAAAUAGAAUACUGGAGGGUUUUUUUUAAUCUUCCCCCCUUAAUUUUUAUAAUGGUCUUUU